AUCAAGAAACUCGAGGAGAAAUCCAAGCGCCUGGAAGCAGUGAAGCCGAUGGUGACCGAGCUGCAAAACCAGCUCGAGCGAGUGGACAACUUCCUCCACUUUGUGCUCCGGAAUGCUCCCAUUUUCUUGAGCCACCAGGACAAGGAUCUCAAAUAUAGAUUUAUGUACAAUAAUCAUCCGGCCUGGCAAUCGGAGGUGAUUGGAAAGACGGACCUGGAGCUUCUCCCGGGUCCGGGAGGAACCAUGACACACAACUUCAAGAAGGAAGUUCUUCGCCGGGGGUGCCCGGCAAAGCGAGAGUUCGUCUACGACACGGUGGAGUUUGGAUACAAGGUGUUUCUCAUCUGUGCCGAGCCGGUGUUCAGCAAAGGUGGCGAGACGAUUGGUGUCAACAUCGUCUCCAUGGACGUCACUGAAGAGAAAUUUCUCAAGGCUGCAAACCGGGAGAAGCUCAUACGCUUGAGGGAGGAAGAAGCCGUGCAAAAGGCGAUGGAAACGCAGCUUCACAAGACAAUGCGCAUCACAGAGGAAACGAUGAAGGCAAAGCAGCUGCUGGCUACAAUGUCGCAUGAGAUACGCUCGCCGCUGAGUGGAGUGGUGAGCAUGGCCGAGAUUUUGGCCGCCACCAAUCUGGAUCCCGAGCAGCAAAAUCUCGUCGAUAUCAUGGUUUCAUCCGGAGACCUGGUGAUGCAACUUAUAAAUGACAUUCUCGAUCUCUCCAAGGUGGAAUCAGGAGCUAUGAAGCUCGAGGCUACAAAGUUUCGUCCUCGAGAGGUCCUCAAGAACGUCCUCCAGAUCGCCGCAGCGUCGAUGCAAAAGGGAGACUUGAAUUUGGAAGGCUUUGUCUCGGCCGAAGUUCCGUUUGAGGUGAUUGCCGAUGUGUUGAGAGUCCGCCAGAUCUUGACAAACUUGGUGAGCAAUGCCAUCAAGUUUACUCGUCAUGGAAGUGUCCGGGUGGAGAUAGAAAUCGGCAACAAAAAACUUCCUCACAAGCAAAAUGGAAGCAUUGUCGAUUCAAACGAAUUACAAACUCCUUGCUCUUCUUCUAUCACUUCUCCCGCGACUACCACUUCCACUGUUCCACAGUGGGUAAACAACGACACUGUGUGGCUCGAGUGUCGAAUUGUGGACACGGGCAUUGGUAUUCCAGACACGGCUCUCCCGUUUCUAUUCACGAAAUAUAUGCAAGUGAGUGAAACACACGCAAGGAAGUAUGGUGGCACUGGUCUCGGCCUCGCGAUUUGCAAGCAACUGGUGGAACUCAUGGGUGGAAAGCUCAAAGUUAACAGUGAAGAGAACAAAGGCUCCACGUUUAUGUUUACGCUGCCCUGCAAGCUUUGCGGAUCAAACGGUACCAAUCAAGCUAGCAGCCACUUUAGUUUUAGCACGGCAGCGAUGGCGGCGAGAAGAAAAUCAUCGGGAACACGGGGCUCGAGCGUGAACAAGAGAAUUAGCGGCAACAAUGGCGAGAGUGUCUCGUCCAGGAAGAGCUCGAGCUCUCCUCCUCAUCGAAACGGUGAAGCUAGCGGUAAAACCACGACAAAGAUCGAUGUUCCUACCGCUGUUGCUGCUACCACUACCACCACCGCCACCGCCACUGGCGGCAAUGCGGCUAAGUUGAAAGUUUUGCUCGCCGAGGACAACAAAGUGAACAUCAUGGUUGCGCAGUCGAUGUUACGAAGAAUGGGGCUCGAAGCAACAGUUGUGAACGAUGGAGCCGAGGCUGUGGAAGCGAUCAAGAGAGAUUACUUCGAUUUGAUUCUAAUGUUCUUUUUAUCAGGACGUCAUCAUGCCCGUGAUGGAUGGAUUGGAGGCAACUCGUUUGAUCCGCGAUACGCAGGGAAAUCGGGAUGGUCAAGGCAAGAGGAGCACGAUCAUAGCUAUGACCGCGAAUGCGCUUCCAGAGAACGUCGCGGAAUGCUACACUCACGGCAUGGACUCAUUCAUCGCCAAGCCAGUGACUUUCAGCAAAUUGCAGCAAGCAAUACAGCAAUUCUUUCCCCCCUCUCUGCCAUCUCCAUCGCCCUCCUCCUCCUCAUCCUCUCCAUCGCCCAAGCCACGGUGAGAGACCGGAAAGAAGCUCUCCUCAAACUUGUACCAUAGAAACAGCGCCAAUUUGCCAAUUUUGAAAGGCGGCAUAUUCUCAGA